CGAUGACCUCGGACGGCAAGAAGCGGCGGCGGGCAGCAGGUGCAGAUUCCGCGACCGCGCCCGAGCUCUGGUGGACCGAGCGAGUGGUCAGCGAGGCUCAGGCCGAACACCCCAACGAGCUCGUCCGAACGGGCAGUCCCUACUUCAUGUGCUCCAUGCUCCCUCCGCACUGGAGGUCCAACAAGACCCUGCCGGUCGGCUUCAAGGUGGUAGCCCUGGGGGAGGUGAUGGACGGUACGGUGGUCACAGUGAGGGCGGGCAACGACGAGAACUACUGCGCCGAACUGAGGAACUGCACGGCGGUCAUGAAGAAUCGAGUGGCAAAGUUCAACGAUCUAAGGUUCGUCGGAAGGAGUGGCAGGGGCAAGAGCUUCACCCUGACAAUCACCGUCGGAUCCAGCCCUCCACAGGUGGCCACUUACACCAAAGCCAUCAAGGUGACCGUGGAUGGACCUAGAGAUCCGAGAUCCAAGACAAGGCAGUCGCAACAGUUCAGAGCAUUGGGCCUCGGGCAGCGACCGUACCUCGAGCAGCCUCCCUCAGGAUAUAGCCCUCGACCAAGGCAGCAAGAACACGACCAGGAUCCGUUCAGAUCCCCUUCCAAUCACGAAAGCAUAGGAAGCGGAGAGAACGGAUGGUACAGCCCCUCUUGCGGUGGUUACCCUGGACCUACCAGUUACCCGCAGAUAGAACCGGUUCCUUGCGAGCCGUCACCGGUUACCGCCUACCAACCGCCUCCAGUUCUAGAGAACCUGGACUACACAGGGAGUGGUUACAAGACGAGCACGGACACCGGCCUUCCAGAAGAGAGCUACGACCCCGGGGGCGGCUACUGGGCGGGGGCCGGCUAUAGCAGUUACUGCCCCCCGCCGCAGCACUACCCUCCCACGCCCUCUUCCAUGGUGCUAUAUCCAUCCAUAUACUCCACAGUCAACCAGAACCAGAUCCACCUCCACCUGCACAACAGCUCAGAGUACGCCAAACCUACCGAAUCAGUCUAUGAUGACGUGACCACCAUAGUCGCACCCAACAACCUCACCAUCAGCAUGGGAGGUCACGGGAGGACCAUAGAGGAACAGGAGUACAGGCCGAACUCUCCCUUUUGGAGGCCCUACCGGCAGUGCCAGAGUUUCUCCGACGGUUUAUAAAACAUUGAACUCUACUUAUUUAUUAAACGAACUAUUUAUAAAUAAUUCCAUUUAUAGAGCACAAAAUCAAAAUUAACCAAAAAAAAAUAACAUAAAAUUUUUAACUAACUUGGAUUUCAUCAGUAAAUAUGUUCUUACAUGCAUCUGAAUCUAUCAGAAGCUUUUAAAAACCUAUUUAUUCUAAAGGUUUAAUAUAAGCCGAACAUGAUACAUUUCCAAUUAAAUUUAGAACUCAACAAAAAUAAAAACUUUUGUUCAUAAGUACAAUGCAAUUUGAUCAUCAAUUGUUUCUAUUUAUUUCAUAAUUUGAUAAGACAAUGUUAAGGCCAGCAUCUAGAACCAUUUUCAAAUCUUAUUUUGACAAUACCUCAGUAUUCAUUUGUUUUAGUAUAGAACAAAUAUAUCAAGUUCGGACUGAAAUAUCUCCGCCGACAACGGAAGACCAACCUGACAUAUUUGCCAAGUUUUUUAAAAUUAUAAAAUAAAUAAAAACAAUUGAUGGUCAAAUGGCCUUGUACUUGUGAACAAAAGAAUUUAUGACACCAUGAAUAAUAAAUUACUGAUAGAAAUAAAAUAAAAACUCUAGAUUCGUCUCAAAACUGAGCUAUAGUCCUCUUUUAGAAUAUUUAAAAAUAAUAAAAUGAUAACAUUCCACAAAACAAUGACACUGAAAAACCAAUUAAUUAAGAAAAUUUAUUAGUAAUAAAUUAUAUAUCUGUACUUUACAACUAUGAAGACCAAUAUUUACUUCCAACUUAAGGUUUAUCGUUUUUUUGUUUUAUGUUACAAUCAAAGAAGAGUUUGAAAAAUCCAAAAUAUAAGCUAAAGUAACUUGAAACAGGGCUUACUUUAAGUCCUAUAUUUUCUUUUAUUUUCUUUAUCAAUCUUAAUGAUUAAAGUAAUGGAGGUCUAGUUAAAUUUGAUGAGGUUAAGAUGUGGAUGCCCUUAUCAGUUGUGUAGGAUAAAAAUCAAAUUUCUUUUUUCAGUUUUUUAACGAAAAAACAGCAAUUUAAAAUAUUUCACAAGUUAUAGUUAAUGCACAAAUAUGAAAUUCGACAUGUUUUAGAAUUGAUAAUAAAUGGUUUUCUCUGUAACAAAUUUCGUCCACCAUUUUCAAUAAAAGUAAACAAUUUUUAUUAAAUACAGAAAAAAAAAUUAAACAUUAGCUUUUAUAAUUUUCAUUGAUACAAAUAAAAUUCUUACUCAGCCAAAGAAAGGCAAGACUUUUUAAUUUAUUUAUAAUAAAUAUUUCUUUUUUUUUUUUUUAUGCUCAGGCAUAGAUGUAACAAUUUUACAAGUAUGAUUAUUCAAACAUGCAUGUAAAUUUUAUAAAUUUACUAUUACGUCUAAUAUAUUAAACUACAUUUUGUACAUAAAAAUAAUUUUAUGGUAUUGAACAUAAAUUACAUUCUUCUUAGAUUAGAAAUUUAAAAAAAAAAAAAUAAAUAAAAAAAAUUAAUAUGUAUAUUGUAUAAAGGAUAAGUUGUCAUUAUAAUUUUUGACAACUACAAUGUAUAUAAUAUAUAAUUAUUUAUAAUAUAUAAGCCCAAAUAGGAUAAUUAAUCCUAAGCUGUUUUAUGUGAUAUUUUUUAAAUAGUUUUACAUAUGUAUAAUAAUAAUUCUUAGUGAAACAAUGAAUUCUCAUUUCAUUAUACACAAAUCAAAGCUAUUAUCUAGAUAUGUAUAUUAGAAUGGAAAUAGUUUAUUGUAUACUGUAAACAAAACAAAAAACUUUAAAUAAUUAUUUUACAAAAGAGGAACGAACGUACAUCUUACCUAAUUCAUUUAAAAUACUGUCAGUGUCUACGCGUAUGUUUAUAAAAAAAAAUAUCACAAUCUGCUCCAUUUAGAACUGGUUGCUGGGUCGAGAAUUAGGUAUACUUCUAGUCAUAAUAAUAAUAAUCUCAGACUAGUACGAGUAUAGUCUGAGAUUUGUUCGGAAUCAUAAUCAAACUAAAAGGAAACCAUCAAUAUACUUAAUUAUUAUCAUAAUAGUUAAAUCUUGCAGAAGGAUACUAUAUUAACUCUUGAUUCAGCAACUGGCCCAUAGAUCCUUAAGUUAUUUUAUUUUGUUUUAUUUUAUAGCUAAAGCAACAAAUCUACAGGGAAAUGUUAUACAAAGGAAAACAAUUAUUUGUAAAUAUUAUAUGUGCAUCCAAAGAUGAAAAAAAAAAUUAUUUAAAAUUAAAAAAUAUACAAAAAACAACAAGCAGAAAUUGUAAAAAUUGAAACGGUUAUUUCAGAAGCUACGAAUGUUUUUUAGUCAAGAGUGGAAACAACUCAAGUACAAACUUUCAGUAAAAUAUAUAUAUAUAUAUAUAUAUAUAUAUAUAUAUAUAUAUAUAUAUUAAAAUAUAAUAUUCCAUAAAUUAUUGUUUGAGAAACAUGUGUUACACUCAAAUAAAAUGGCCAUUAUUUGAUUUUGAUAUAAGUAAACUGAUUUUUCGCAAUGGCUUAAAUUAAACUUUGAAAAAAAAACAACCUAUUUUGUUUACUAAUUAAGACCCUACAUAACAUAAGUCAAUACAAGGUGAGAGAAAAAAAAAUGUAUGAAAAAUACCAAAUGCCACUUUCAAUUGAUAUAUUAUUUCUGUAAAACUUAUAUGAGAUAAAUAAUUUUGCACAAACAAAAUAGUUAUUAUAAUUAUUCAUAAAACAAAUUUCUUUAUUUUCUCCAUAAAUUAUCUCAAGAGAUUUUCAACAGUUCAUGACUGAAUUUAUAUUUCAUGAAGAUCACAUAUGAUAUUUCUGAAAUAACCGAUUCAAUUUUGAUCCACCAUGAAAAAAAAAAAAAUUGUAAAUAAUAUUUAAUACAGAAUACAUUUUUUAAAAAAACAUGUAUUUAAUUUUUGCCUCCACUUCUCUAUAAAAUAAAUAGAACUACGAUGAAUAGAAAACUAUUAAUAGUGCUUUGAACCUAGAUAGCAUUAUUUUUUUUUUUUUUUUGCAAUCAGUAUCAGGCAAGUGGUCAUUUUCAAAAAAAUAUAAUUAGUGCACGUCAUGAAAUAAACUAACGUUUACGACUAAUAAACUGCUAGAAAAUGGUUCACUUUUUUAUUUAUUUAAUCACAGCCUAUGAAAAUACUAAUACUUGUUUAAAAAUAUACAUAUAUUUAUUAUGCCAGUGAUAAUAAACAAAAGGAUCUAUAUAAUUACAUUUAAAAUUGGAGACAAUGCUUAUAAAAGCCUUAAAUCAUAAAAGCUAGCUUAUCUAUGCCUAUGAUAAUAUGUCAAUAGGAUAUAGUUUAAUGAUAUAAAGAAAUAGAUAUAUAUAUUUUUUUAUGCAUAUAAAAUAUAAAAAAUAAAUGAAUAAGGAUAUUUUGAUCCUUAUUGAAGAACAAAAAAAAAAAAAACUGCUAUGAAGCGAACAUUACCAAAUUGGUCAUUAUUACCAGAGAUACUGGAUUUUUAUGCAAUAUAAUGAAAAUAUUAUAUAUUUAAAAUUGGUUGUAUGACUGGAAAAAUAAAUGAAUUUAUUGAACUUAGUGUAUAAAGAAUUUUUUUUUUUGUUUUACUCUUUAUUAAAGAUAAUCACUACUUGCAUGAAAUUCCAAUUUCAGCUUUGGCAUAGUUUCUAUAAACAGAAGUGUACAACAAUUUUUUUGUUUAAAUAUUACUACAAUUUCUCCUUCAGUUUUAUUAUUCCUGCUUGAAAUCAAUAAAAAAAAUAAUUCCUUUUACAAGAAGAAUUGUUAGGCCACGAAUAUAAUUUCUAUUUCUAGAAAGAAAAUAUAUCUCAUGAUGAUGAUAACUUAUACAUUAAAGACCGAUUGAUUUCAACACCUCCUUGAAAACAAUGUUAUAAAUGAAAAAUAAAAGAAAGCUAAACAUUUUUUUAGUUAAUCAUUUUAAUAAAAAUGUAAGAAAAGUUAUAUUCUGGAAGAUAUUUCCAAUUUACGUAAUCAAGCUCCUUUUCUAAUUUCUCAGACUAGACUACAUUCAGAAUAAACUUUUAAUCUGAACAUCUUUCUAACUCAAAGGCAUAUAAAUUAUUACUAAAAUUGAACAGAAAUAAUAUUAAGUCACGCUACAGAAGCUUGUAAAAAUAUUCAGAGGACAAAAAAAAAUGUUUCAUUUUAUGAACUAUAUUUUCUUUUUAUAUUUUAUUGCAUGAUCAAGACAAAGUUUUAAUGUUCUAAAAAUAUUUUUAGAGAAUAUAUGUCUGAAUACAUGCAAGGCCAAUAAUGACAAGAAAAUACGCACUUUCCAAUGAAAUUGUGCCGACAGGGUUUUGUAACAUGGCUGGUAAUAUGAUUAAUUUCAACUACACCGAAUAAAUUGUACAAAAAAUAUACGUAAUUACUCUUUAAUUAAAAUAAACAUUUAUUACAAUAUUGAUCCGGAACUUAAAUGAUGAUGAUAAAAAAAAAAAAAAAGUACAAAAGUAUAAAAGAAAACUAACAAACUUAAUGACAGUUUUAAAGACAUAAAAUACAAAUCAAUAUAAAAUAUUUGUACAAAAGUAGAACUUUAUUAAUUUAUUUACAAGAAUUAUUCAACAAAAUUCUUUGUAAAAUUGUUUUUUUUAAAUGUAACGUUUAUAUAACAAAACUUUGAUAAUACCUUUUUUUUUUUAAAUUACACCCUAUUCGCAACAUUGUAGAAGAAAUAAAAAAUUCCAAAUAUUAUCCCAAUAGUCCGUGGUACACACCCCUUUUUAUCAAACUAUUAACAUCUGCCUGAAACUUCGUGAAUAGCUUUAUCUCAUUGUAACCUACAACUAUUUUAUUCACAAAAAAUCUUGGGAUUGGGAUUUCAAUCUGGAGGAUGGCAAACUUUGUCUAUUUAAUUAGGUACAAAAAAGUCGUAUAUACCCAUCUGCUCCCCACUUGGAUUGUAAGAUAAUUAGAUCACAAAAUUGAGAAAAAAAGGUGGCCUACAAAAAUAUUGGCCCUAUACAACCUUGUUAUUUUGACAUUUUGGUGGUGCAGGUCACGCCUAAGGGCUAAAUAUUUUUUAAGGCAACUUUUUUUCUAGAGUUUGUACUCAAAUUUUCUUACGGUUCAAGUGAAAAAAAAAAUGGGUAUUUAUGAGUUUUCAGUACCUAAUUAAAUAAACAAAUUUUGACGAUCUUCAGAUUGAAAACAAUCCAAUUCCAAUAGUUUUCUUAAAUAAAAUAUUUGUAGGUUACAUUGAGAAGAAGCUAUUUAUGAAGCUUCAGGCAGAUGUUAAUAAUUUGAUAAAAACGGGUCUGUACCACAGACUAGAAGUACAAACAAAAUUAAAAUUCACAACUAUUAAAAAUCAAUAUUUUUUAUUUUUAGCAAACUGUUUCUUAUGAGAAUGAAUCUUAUGAAAUCAUUUAAUGAUCAAUACCCUAACAAUCAGAGCCUAAAAGUAAUAGCAACAUUUUUAACAACCUAUUAUUUCUAUCAUUAAAAAUUUCGGAAGAAUAAAUAGAAAAAUAUUCUAGAAAAAAUAAAAGGUUUUUGAAACCAAAUGCCUCAUCAAACAAUGAACUAAAACAUCAGAAAUAGUUUAUAUAACAACAAAAAAUAUCAGAGACUCUUAAAAGUUCAAAACUAAAAGAAGAAAAACCCGUAUAUCAAACCAUAAAAAAAUAUGAAACAAAAAUGUCAGUACAAAAAAGUAUUGAUACAUUUUCACAGUUUUUACUGUGACACAUUCAGGUACUUUCCAGUAUUAAUGAGACAAAAAGCAUUACAAAUCAAAUUAACUGUUCAUAUAUAACAUAACUAAAAAAUUUAUAUUAUAAAAAAAAAAUUAAUCCACUUGGUUAAAGCCAUAUAUUAAAGCUAACUUAUCAUAUAAAGAAGCAAGCUGAUAUUUCAAUGACGAAUGUGUUGCAUGCGCGAUUAGAGACCUUACAGUAGGGAAUACAGCCGGAAGCAAUGUUUUCAACUGAUCGCUGUCCAACUGGCAGAGUAACUCCAAAGCUGAGACCAACAUUUCGGCCCAGACACCCAUGUGAG